AUGCUACCCUACUGGCUCUUCCUUAUCUACUACUUCUACGGUAUUCCAAUGAUUCUACUUUACAUUGCAAUAAUAUAUGUUCUCCUAAAGCACCGAGAAAUCUUCUCUUCAGUAUUCUACACUCUAGUAGCUGUCUUUGGUAUUCAACACAUUGUCUACUACAUUAUAUGUCAAUACACUCUACGUGGCCCAACCAACUUAUGGGCUUAUCAAAAGUUCUUCAGCAAUCUAGAAGGUUUCUCUGCUCGUCUACAUGCAUUCCUUCUAUUUCUACGCAUUUCCAUUGAACUGAAUGCUGUAUCGUGCACAAUAGUACUAGCAUUGAAUCGAUGUUCAUCAGUUUUGUAUCCGUUUAGUCAUGAAAGGGCAUGGCGAAAGCUUUUGCCAUUUUUGUUUGGAUUUUUUAUAUUGUUGCCGAUCGUUAUGUAUGGAUACAUCAAUUUGAAUAAAGGCAUAUUACUCUGUGCUCGACGUGGUGAUGAACUGUUUGGAUGUUUGUUAUCGUACGAUCAUUCUGUUACGUGGAAUGGAAAGGUAAGGUUUUUGAAAGUUGAAUAAAACAAUUUUUUUUAUUUUAAAAUAUGUAGUUUUUUAAUCAAAAUGUAAUAAAAAGACCUGACCUACAAUUUUCUUGUGUUCAAAUUACUUUGUUUUAAAUUAAUUUUAAAGCCAAAAUUGUAGUGUAUCAUAAAUUGCAAAAUUGAAGUCAUAGUAAUAAAAAAACAGUAAAUUUAAAAUAUUUUUCUAAUGAAAUAACUAACUUUUUUUAAAAAAUUAUAUUUAAAUUUUUUAAUUAUAGUAGAACUUUUGUAUAACGAAUGGCUUGAGGAUUUUAAAUUCACUUUUUAUGAAGGAGUUUUGAUGUGCAGGCAGGGCCGGGCGGUGCUUUUAGUCUGGUGACGCGGUCGAAAAAAAUUUUUCCAAAUAUCAACAGGGGGACCACGUUCAACUCUUUUCGAAAAUUUUUUUUUGUGGAGGGGGAUUACCCUCCUCCAGACCCCUUCCUCGCGUCCGGCCUGUAUGCGGGAGUUUUAAGUGCAAUGUUUAGUAUUGGCCGGGAAUUCAAAAGUUUCAUUAUAAUAAAAUUUCGUUAAAGAAGGGUUUGUCAUACAGGAGUCUUACUGCAUAUUGAUACUCUAUAGUACGUAAUGGAAAUUAUACACUAUAAACACUACAACAUACAAAACUAGGCCUAAACUUAUCAAUGAAUUUGUCAUAAAAUGUUUUUAAAAAACUGCAUUAUAAAUAAGAGAAAUAACAUUUCAGCUCUCAGUGUCAGGAACAAGUCGCUACAUAUACACGAUUGUACCAUGUGUAUCAGGAGUCUUAAACUGUAUAGCCUUGGGCUUGUUAUAUAGCCGUAAGAAGGCAUUGAAAAGUCACAAAACUUGGCGUCAAGAGAUCAAUCUUACUGUUUCUUCUUUUCUCAUGUUUUUGGUUCAUAUUGGCUAUGGAAUUAUGAAUGUAAGUAUACUAAAGCUAUGUUUAAUGUUACCUAGCUUUGCAACGCCAUACCCUAACCUCAACUGACCAUACCGUUUGUUAUCAUACUCUAUUCUUACACUGCAUGUUUUAGAUGAUAAUGAUAACUAUUCUUACACUACAUGUUUUAGAUGAUAAUGCUAAACUACUAUAUAAACGGAGACCUAGUUAUACCAGUUGCCUUUUGUGGCAUUGGGGUACCUCUUGUGUUCGACUUUGCCAUGGCAGUUACAAUAACUUCAUUACUGGUCGCUUCUAAACCACUUCGACGUAAAGUGUUUAUUCUACUAUUAUUACCAUGGAAUCAGAGAAGACAUACUAUAACAAAUUCUGUUCUUGCUUCGUCUUCCGUCAAACGAUGA